CGUACUCGCCGACGCUCCGCCGUAGCUCGUUCUGUUGUGUCGUCGUCGUCGCUGCCGUGAUCGUGAUCGUCGUCACCGCCGCCGCCGCCGUCGUCAUAAUAACGUACAUUAUAUAGACGCAGUGAUCUCGUCGCGACGUCACGACAACAUAAUAAUAUCGUUCGAUCGUCGGUACCGUUCGUUGUAUAACGCGUUAUUAGAUUUUUUUUUUACCGUAUCCGAUCGCUGCAUACAUUCGAAUAUUAUUUUCAAUAAUAAUUAUGACUUUCUUACGGUGGUGGACGUGCCGUCGUCCGACUCUGUACGCUCCGUACUGGCGCGGUUGACAGUGCGACAUCCCGUUUGACAUUCGCCAACUGCGACAGCAGCAGCAGCAGCAGCAGCGGAACAAUAUUUAUUUAUAAUUGAUAUUUUUCCAUCCGCGUACGAUAUAAUAUUGUUUGCGAAUUCGCUGCGAGUUCUUUGCCGCCGCCGCAAUGCCGAAGAUAUUCCUCAUCAAAAACCGACUGCACCAGCAGCAACAGAAAUUGCUGGAAAACCAAAAGGGCAACGUAAAUUCGUCGUCGUCCGACCCUCUGGCGCAGUCGCUGCACAACUAUCACCAGGACAAUCACCACAGCCGGUAUUCUUCACCGCCGCCGUUCAAGCUACAGCAGCCCGGUCCGCCGCAGCCGCAGUUGUUGAAGCAGCAAAACCAGACGCCGCCGCCGCCGCAAUUGAACCAUCAAUUGCAUCAGCUUUCGCCGCCGCAGUUAAAGCAACUGCAACAGCCGUUUUUGUUGACGCAACAGCAGCAACAGCAACAGCCUACACAGCCGCAGCCGAAGGAGCAACUCCUCCAGCAGCAGCAGCCACAGCGGACUCCGGUGGUGCCGAAGACGCCGCAAGGUAAUAAACACGCCACAGUCGUUAUUAGAAUAUAUCGUAUACUGUAUUUUAUUUGUAUACUCACUAUAAUACGCGCAUCUAUAAUCGCGUUACUUACGACACCGCCCCGAUGACGUUAUGCUACGCGUACCCGUCGCGUCUUUUUAUUUAUUGUUAUUUCCGGUGAUUUUCCGAUCCCGAACUAUAAAAAACAUGCGUUUGCCGCCAUCGCGGCGUAAUGCCGAACAAAAGCCCGUGUCCAAGCUCGCACGCUCUAGGAACCAUAUAGUAAUCGAUCAGACUUAGAUGCGGCGGUUGCUUGCGGCACCACGUACUAACUUAGAAAACAGAAAUAAAAAAAAAAAAAAAAAGACACACACCGUUAUAUCAUUAUUAUUGUGCGAUGCACGUCGAAGACUCGCGCGCAUCGGGUAGCCCCGGGAAACUUUAACGCCCGCAACACCGGCGGCGUCGUGCCGUUCGAUUCCUCGUCUUUUGUUCGUAUCCGAACCGAGACACAUAAUAAUAUUAUUAUAUUAUUGUUCUUCGCGUUAAUUUCGCUUUCGGUGGAUACAUUUUCUAUACACGCGGACGUCAUACAUAUAGAAAAUAUUGUACGCAUCAUAUAACAACUACCUACUAUAAGUGAAUAUUAAAAAAGCAGAAACAAUUCGUAUAUACUCGAACGAUAGACAGAAUUGGUGCGUAAUAAUAACCUACGGUGUAUUUAAAUACGCGUGAUUUGUUUAAAUCUGGCGAAAUAGUGAUACACACACGGUUUCAUAUUUUUAAUACCGGAAAAAUAACUUUACGGUUCGUAUAGACGCAUUUAUUCCGUAUUCCCGUAUUAUACCGUUAUGCAUAUACAGUAUCUGCUAUAUUUUAUUUAAUAUUCGAACAUCACCUCCCCCCCCCCCAAAAAAAAAAUAAAUAUUUUCCUAGUCCAUAUUUCUCUACGGGUGUGUUUUUUUUUACGAUGUUACGAAAUCGAGAUGUGGUCUUUCGACAAUAGGAUCAAAACGAACGCAUCGUCGCGAGAUACGAUAUUUUUGAUUAUAGCAUUUGUAUAGCUCGUGCGUACAUCGAUUCAAAACUCGCCGUUGCGAUGUCCAGAAUAGAUGUUUGUUUCCCCCCCCCCUCGAUUUUUCUACGGCGAUAUAUUUUUUAUAAUACGGUUGUCGUUUGCUAUAUCGUCGAAAUGUACAUAGGAAUAACGAAUUCGAGAGGUAAAUUGUGACGUUCUGUAGCGUUAUUAUUUCGUUUCGAAUGGUAAAAUACUGUCCUAGAUUCGGUUUACUUUUUCUAAUACGAUAGCCGGUUAUUAUUAUUUAUUUUUUUCAUUUUUAUAAAUCGAUUUUUAUUACCGUGUUUAUUAUAAGUUUUCAUGAAAGCGAACCGCAAUUCAACCGCAUAAAGUACCUACCAUAGUUUAUAAAUUAGUUUUACAUCAAUACGGCGUAUUAUACCUAUAGCGGAUAUUUUUGUUCGACCGUCAUUAAUACGGUUUUUUGGCUAUAUACCUGAAAACAAAUUUAUUUUUCGAAGAAUAACGGAAAUCAGUAGUAGAAGUAAAAAAAAAAAAAAAAACAAAUGUGUUAAUUAUUAUUUAAUUGUUAUAAUACUAACAUGCACAAUAUUCCGCGUACCGUCUUAAUACGAUGUCGGUCCAAUUAUUAUUGUUGAUGGUUUUGUACAUGCAACAGUCGUAAUAUUUUUUUUCGAGUACAAUGUAUUAUACAUUAUUCCGAUCGGUUUUUUUGGUCCAAUAACAUGCUUUAUACGAUGAUUAUGAUAGUUUUAUUUUUUGUCGAAAAUACGAAGACUUUUAAUAGGAUUCAUUAUAUUGGAGUUGCAAGUUUUUUUUGAAAACUAUAUUCCCGAACGCUAAAAUUACAGUUGUGUUACAAUUACAAUGUGAUCUAUUUUUUUUUUUUGUCUAUUUUUUCUGGUUUUUAGUUACAUACAGUUAAAAUGAAGUUCAAUGCGCUCCGUGGGAAGUUUUGCUUUUUCCUACAGAGAAAAUAAUAUCGAAAGUCUCUAUGAUACAGCUAGACGAGUACAUAGCUAACUCUGUAAACCAUGUUUUGAGCGAAAAACAGGUCAUCGUACGCUGUCCUCUCGAUACAAAAAUUUAAACCGAUUGUAUUUUUUCUUUAAGUCUCUUUAUUCAUAAAUGUUAAUAAUUCGUGGAGAAAAAACACGAACGUUACCCUUUACGUUACCCAAAAAUAUAUUUGAUUUAUUUUUAAUUAUUUUUGUACGCGUAAUAUAUCGAACGAAAACAUUUUAAUGGCAAAAAACAAUUUCAAUGGGUUCGAAUACAAAAUAAUAUACCUACAGACAUUAUUCCAACGACACGAAGGCAGAAUUUUUUAUUUUUAAACCGUCGAAUAAAUGAGGUUUUUAUUUUUGCCUAACAACGGCAAAACGACAAGUUGACAAGUUAAAUGAAUUUCGAUGGCGCGUUGAUAUGUACAGAACGUGUUUAAAGUUGAAUAAACUGACUUUUCUGCAAUACAUAAUAAUAUAUAUGAUGACGGUACGUUUCGAUAUGUUUUAUUUGAUGAUUUUUACGGGUCAUUGUGUCCGACGGUUUCUUUUUUAGAUACUUUUCCAGCGUUCAUUGAUUUCACCGUUGCAGUUGGUAUUCGGUUCUCAUAAAAAUACCCGCACAAAUAGGUAACCCACGACUAUUAAAUUAACAAUUGUAUUAAUUUGUUUUUCUCUUUCUCUUAAACGAUCACCCCCUACACAAUAAUUACCGCGGAAUAUCAUAGAACUGCAAAACAUAAUUUACAUCAAAUACGAGUCAUUACAAGUAUUCACUUGCAGUGUAUCCAAACGAAUGAUGCAAGUCAAUAUACUUGCAUCAUUCGUACAGAUUUUAAUUCGAAAUGCUCUAUAUAUAAUUGCCUUUAAACUCUAGAUUGUAAAAAAUCUUUUUUUUUUUCAUUUAUCCGGAUCGUAUCAUCAAAAAAGGCGAUUCUAAAACUAAAAAAAAAAACUGACGAAAAUGAAAAUGAGGCGACUUGCACGCGCUAAAAUCGGUGUGUGGUUUUUUUUUAUGAAAACAGCGCGUAUUUAUUCCGCACAGUAUAAUGUACGAGUCACAAAACAAUAUUGUGACUAAUUUUACUGAACAAUGUACAAAAACAUAUGAUGAAAACAAAUUGUUUGCUAGUCCGACAGGCCCGGUACGUUAAUGUUAUUGAAUGCUGCUAGGAAUUAUAGCCAGUUAAAUUACGUGAGGGUUUCACCGCUCGGAGUUUCGCAGUUCAGACAACCUACUUGACCGAAAACUCCGAGUCGUGCAAACGUAAUUAAAAUAAUAAUAUCGAAAACGUAGUAAUAACAAUUCGUUAUCUCAUACGUUCUCAGUGUCGCGGUGACCAUGGCGUUUGUCGUAUGCAAUUGCGCUAACCCCUUUAGGUGAUUUUCAAGUGAUUUAAACGGUUUAUUUGACGUGUAUUUAUGGGUUUUUUUUUUUCAUAGUUGCGCCAGGGUCUGAGAUUUUGUCACCGCGCCACUGUAUAGGUAUUAGGUACAUUCGUAUACACCCACGUACCGCGGACUCCCGGUACGACGAACAGACGAAGGCGCCUAACCUAACCUAAUCUAACCGCCUAACUGAUCAUACCUUCGAUCGCUGCAACCGAAAAACGCCUACAAUGACAAUAUAUUGUUGCAUUGUUGUAUUACGGUCGGGUUGUGUCAAAUUUCGAAUGUUUCGAAAUCACAACCACCGUUAUAUAAUAAUAAUAAUACGUACGAAUGCCUACGAACGAGUUCGUCUCGUGUCCACGACACGUCGUCGCGCACGGUAGUCAAAGUAAACCUUUGUGAUGCGUUGUGCGUCCCAUAUCAAUAAAUCUUUAUCCGUGCCCGGUUUUCAACGCCCUGGUUUUACGCGUAACAAUCGCCACUACCCGUAGUGUACGGUACGUACCUAACGUGGUUAUCGGUUAUAACCGAUACUCGACACGGUAGGAAGUAAUUUAUUCGAUACGGGUAUCCUCGUCCUAUAUGCAUGUAGGUACCGUGCGCGUUGCGCAGACGUCCGUCACAACUUCCCGGACGUCGACGGACUCGGAAUUAAAUCGUAGAAUGUUAUAAGCACUCCCGUUGGUAAAACAAUAUUACAGUGCGACUUUAAUAAUAAUAAUAAUACAUACACAAUGUUAUUGUUGCAUGUUAUCAAUACGGUCAAACGGGUUUCGUUCUAAAAGUCCAAUCUCGUGGCUAUUCUCGUCUCGACGCGCGACUCGACCCGGCGCGACGGGAAUCCAAUGUAUAUACGUAGCACCGCCGCUGCUCGGUCGAACGCUUUAUUUAUUGUUUGCCAUUAUUUAUUACAUUUUUUCCCUCCACUUCAAAUAUCAUUGCGGGUAUACCGAUUCGAAGCGGACCAUCAAAUAUUUUAACGAACGCGAAUAAUCGCGUACGGACGGUGUUUACGGAAAACGAACGUGCGCAAUCGAAAACUGCGCUGCGAUAAGGUUUGGGUUAUGCCGCGGAAACGCGGUAAACUCCAAACGUGAUAAAUCGUCAUAUCUGUUGUUUCUCCCGAAAUCAAUCGCGACGACCGUCCGAAACAAAACGAAUACCGUACAAUACACUUUUGCUCGGGGGCGAACGGUUUUUAAAGCGUCGUUUGAAAUCGGUUCUAGCUGACGUAUCGGCGUACCGGUGUAAUGCUGAGAAAAAAAAAAAACAACACGUUCAGCCGGACGGAAAGUAGCGGCCCGACACGGCCGAGCGUUCGGCCCCGUCCCCGUUCUGACCCCCCUGGCGCCGAAAUACCCGCCGGAUACUUUUCAUCCGUGUCGCGGUACGCGCGAAAUAACAUUCGGCUGUGGCGCGUUGCCGUUAUUUGCGGUCGCGUUAUUGCGGCCUCCCGAUGACGUUAACGCGCGCGUUACCGCGACGACAACGAUGCGACCGCGCAAGCGAACGGCUGUCGAUUUCUAUGAGGGGGAGAGGGGUUGGAGGGGGGGGGUGACGAGAAACGAAAGUGCUCGGGCCGUGGCGGCCUGGGGCUGUGGGACUCCGAAAUUACGAAUCGGCAGCGCGCGCUCGUGUCACCGCGCGUCCGCGUCAAAAGAUCGCCGGUGUCGAGACGAAAACGGAGCGGAGCGCGGCGCGUGUACGACGGCCGGAGCCGAGCCGAACGGCUCGCGGUUCCGUCCGGCGCGCGGAGAGAAACCCGUUUUUCGGUCCCCGCGCCGUUGUAAGUCCGCGCGCGCUUUCUUCUCGGCGAAAUGAAACCCGACGGUAUUUCGCAGGCGCGUCGGAUCCGUUGGCGCGCGCACACCAACGCGCACAACACACAAUAGCGUUUACGCGUGAAAAUCCGCAAUCAUUUUUUAUUCGAUCCCGGCGAACAAAACGAAACGUAUGUGCGUUUGCGCAUGUGCACGGGUAACGAGUUUUCGCCGUUUCCGUUUGGUUUUCCGCAUCCAAAAUAUAACGUAAAUCGUAUUAAUUUUUUUUUUUUUUUUAUUUCUUUUUUAUCGCGACAAUGUUUUCGCUUCCGCGUCGUCGCCGAGAACAAUAAUAAUAACAAUAAUUAUCAUUUUUCAACUUUACACGUACGCGUUCCGUUUCUCGUCACCGGAAACCGGUUUUCUCGCAUUCCCGUUACCCCGCCGUCGUAAAUACGCAUUAAACGAAUCCGGACUCCCGAACUUGUCCCCCCCCUCCUCACCCGCGCUGGUUCGUAAUGUUAUACACUAUAACCAACCAACCAUACUACCGCGCGGGGAUUUCAAAUUUUUGUUAUCAUUAUUAUUAUUGUUAUUUAUUUCUCCCCGCGGGGAUCACCCCGCGUGACGUUCGCGCGAAAUAUAAAAACGGUGAGAGAUAUUAUAGUUUUGGAACUGAAAAAAAGAGAAGAAAAAAACAAGGUCAAUUUCGUUUCGCUUCACGGCUCGUUGUUACCGCGGGUUCAAUGUUCUGGAAGACACUCGGUUGGUCAGCAAACUGGCACAAUGCGUUCCGACGAUUUGCCCGUAAUAAUUACCGCCGUCGACUCCGCAACGGCAAUACACGUCUUUCAAUUUUUUUUUUUUCUUAGUGUUCUUUUUUCUUUUUAUUUUUUUUGCUCGUUUUACACGCUGCUGUGAUUUUUCCCAUCGUUUUUUUUUUUUCUUAUACGCCGUCGUCUAUUCAUUGUUCCGCAGUUUUCUUCCAUCUCCGUUUUGCAGCGUUGCGGUUUUCCAUGUCGUGCUGUAUAUACAUACGUAUAGCCGCGUAUAUUCGCACGGAAACCGGUGUUCAGAAACCUCAAUAUUCUACAAUGAUGAUGAUGAUGAUGAUGACGAUGAUGAUAAUAACAUGGUUGGUUCUACGGUGAACUCGAUGUUAUCGAACUGUACACCGUAUAAUAUUAUAUGGUAUACCGCGCGAAUGACGAGUAGGAGGUACGCGCGUAAAAUCGUAUUUUUACUAAACUAAUUACGCCUCGAAAGCAUAUUCACCGUUAUCGCUGACAUUUACAACACGCUCUCGUAAGGGCUUUUGCCACCGACCCUCCGGGUCUUAAACUAUCGCCUUCCGAUUUAGCGUUCCUAUAGGGUUUUAAGAUCUUCUAUGGGUGACUGCAUCUACACCCACUACACGCUUUCCGCGGUCUACCUCAGACUCUUUUCCCUGCCGACUUGCGUUCCAAAACUGCUCUUAUGGUAUAACGCCCGCUUCUUCUCGGAGUAAUAUAUUCCAAUUUAGCCGGCACCUAACUGAUGGUGAUGGACACCCGUUUGUUUCCACACAAUUCCGUAUUAAACUUCUAUUCAUUCUCCGUUAAUUUGUGUGUCGGUAUCACAAAAUAUAUUCAAUUUGUGAAUUAUCGCGGAAUAUAUAUACAUAUAUUAGAAAGACAGAACACGAAGGUUAUAAAUCGAUGGUCACAUAAUAUAAUAUGGUUUAGAUAAUUCAAGCGACGCAUUGUUUUUGCGAAAAAAUCGCUGAUCAUCGACAAUCGCGUUAACUAUAUCAUUAGUCGCAGCGAUAAAUCCAAAUAAAUCGCGCGUCUGAAUAGGUAUUGAAAUUUAAUUUUACGUAACGGUUUACCGAAUUUCUUCACACACGCAAUAUUCGUUCUAACCGAAAAUAAUAAUACUUAAUACAUAACAGUUUUGUCCGUUUAGAGGUUUUUUUUUGUUUUAUUAUUUUGCUAUCGUCGCUUUCACGGCCAUAAGGCCUUGCGGUAUAGAAAUUGAUUGGCAAGGUCUCGUCCUGGAGACACAAGCGUGUCUCUCGCUCGGACGUUUAAAAACUAUAAACGGUUACCGAAAAUUUUUUUAAAAAAUACCAUAUGAAUUAUUAUAUAUCAAACCGUCAUAUUAAAAACAGAUUGUAUCAUGCGUUUACAGGCGUACUGCACACAUUAUGUAUCCCACGCGGCACUGCACAUGAAAAAAAAUAUUUUUCGAAUAACAUCUUAUGAAUGAAUUACAAUGAAACCGCAUCCCCCUCGGACGACCGUUUUUAUUAUAUCUACGUGUAUAAUAAUAUACGCACAUCCCCCGAGAUAAGGGAAAAUAAAAUAUUAUAUUACUAUACACCUUAUUAUAUUCAUAUAGUUCGGAGGGUGAAACGGAAUUCUCCGCUUUCUCUCUCUCCCUCCCCCUCUCACACUCUAUCUCUCCAUUUUGAGGGUGACUGCCGCUAGCAACAGGUGAACGCAGCCCGCGUUACAGGUGCCCUCGAAAUCAGUGAUCCUAUUGUCAGUGGUUCUCAUGAAACCUGUAAAUUCGCCGGGCAGGAAUCACCGAAGAAUAUUUAACGAAUCACUAUAUAUUUUCUAUAUAAUAUACUAUGCAAUAAUCAGCGAUUGUAUUAUAAUGUACUAUAAAUCUGACGAAAUGAACGUUUUUCGAUAUUAUUCCGAAAUCACUUGCAUAAUAAUGGACCUGGUCCCUCUAAAUCCCCAUUCCCCCUCCCCCCCCCAAAGUAUUAACUCGUUUUAAACCAAUUGACGUGUAUUGAAUGGGGAUGAGUUUAUAACACCAACUCAGUUAAUUUUAAUAAAAAUAAUAAUAAUGUAAUAACAACUGACAUAAGCUUUCACUUCCGACACGUUUGAUAUUUAAGUAUUUUAUUACUAUAUUACUAUAAACUACUUUAAUAAUGGGUAAGUUUAAUUGUUAGGUAUAUUCCGAGAUUUCGAUAAAUUAUCAAACGUACCGAAGCGAAAACAUUUCAUAUCUAUUAUCAUAUGACUUUCACGUGGGCAAAAAAUAAUUGUAUCAACGUCAUAAUAUUAUUUUAUAGCGAUUUCAUAACGUAGUAUAUUAAUAGGUAUAUAAUACAUGAAUAUAUUAAUAUAAUAGAUUUGACAUCUGACAAUACAUAAAUACGAUUUUCCACUUGGUUUAUUUUUUUUCGCAUUAUCAAAAUAACCUUCGAAAAUACAAUUUUACGUAAAUUAUCGAAAUAUCAUAUUUUAACGUAUAAUUAUUUCACAUUAACUGUAAUUUUAAUGGGCACUGUAAUACGAAAUUUAAUGUAAUUGUAUAUGUUUUGAUUGUGGGUUCCAGCAAUACUUAAUACGGCAAAAUCAUAUCGCUUGUGGUUUUAUUUUUUUAGUUGCUGAGCGCAGCGAGGAACGUAUCGGUUUUCCAUAUGAUUUUUAGCUUUACCAAUCCGUAAACAACUAUUCUUCCUUCAGAAAUCUCGUUCCAAACUUUACACGACAAUAGAACGUUUUGAAGCGUUUUGGAUCUAGUUGGCGCAUUGACGAGGUCACUUUUUGUUUUGCUUUCCAAGCAAUUUUCAUGGUCGGGAAAAACGAGAAAGUUAACGGCAUUUACGGUUCCAUUAGAUAUGACAAUUUCAUAAAGUAUUUAUAUUAGCCUCUUCUAGACGCGAUCAAGUUUUCGCGGACAUUUUAGACGAUUCGUAUACAUUUUGACGAACUGCGCGUAAAAAUCACGGUAUUUCUAGGUAAAUAUGAGUAACCGAACUUCUUCCCUCCCCGCCUCGCUCAGAAUCGUAGUUCGUUAACGACGAUUUAUCGUUGCGUACGGAUAUAAACUGAACCACUACGUAUCCCGCCAUCCCAACUUCCCACCUACGGCAGUGGCACGGCCGUCGGCAGUAUCGGCUAUUUUUUUUUUUUAUUGUUAUUAUUAUUGUUAUUUUUUUCGAGCAUCGUUAAAACGAUUUCGCCAACAAUUCGCCGUGGCCAAAUUCGAUUAUGCAAUUUCGUGCGGCGUCGCCGUCGUCGGCGGCCACGUACAAUGUGAAGGUGAAUAGGAAACGUAUACGUAUAUAAUAUACAAGACCGCAAUAAUAAUGAGGCGAUAAUACUACGGCCGAGAAGAGAAGGAGAGUAUCAGUGUACAAUAUAUAUAAAAAAAAAAAAAAAAAUUAUAUUUAUAUAUACGUAUACGGAGGAGGAGGCACGCCGCGUACGCGCACAUAAAAACCGUACGUCCUGAAUCACUGUUAUAGCCCGGUCGGAUUUCUUUUGUUUCCCCGCCCCGUAACCGUAACUUGUAUUAUCAUUAUUAUUAUUAUUAUUUUAUAUAAAACGUGUACGCGCGUACUUGGCGUCGCGCGCUCUCUAGGUACGACAGAAUAAUGAUAAUACCGCCGCCGCGGCCGUUAGCCGACGACGCCGUAGUCGUGUACGCAUUCGGUUCGUAAUGAACCUGAAACGAGUUUCGCCUUGAAGUAUUGAAGUCUGGCGAGGUGUGCCGGACCAAAACCAGACUACAGACCCGGACCGACCAAUGCCACGGCAUCGACGACGACGACGACGAUGACGACGUUAUAACCGCGUUUUUUUUUUUUUUCCUACCUAUAAUCGACUCUCCGGUACUUACGCGGUAUAUACACGCGUACACGUUAUAAACGAUGGUAAACAUAUUCGGCACUACCUAUAUAGAUUAUUAUUCCUAUUUUUUUUUUUUUUUUUGUUUUCAUUUUUUAAUUUCCUCUCUUCCGCCGGACGAUCUCCGCGUGCGUCCGUCCGUCCGUCCACACCGCUAUCGAUUCCGGCCGGGCCGACGGUCUGGGGGGGGGACGGGCAGGAGAAUUUGUAUACCUUCUUCGUUCGUUAUAGACGCUAUAUACACACAUAUAUAUAUAUAUAUAUAUAUAUUAUAACUGGUAUGUACGCGGUUACCGGUAUUAGACGGUAACGAAAAGCGCGUUUUACCCGCGCGGCGGCGUCCGCGGUACAAAAAACCCGCAGCGAACGCACGAAAACCUCGCGGUUAUAACAUCGCUAUUAUCGACGACGGCGCAAGGUCGGUUUAUUAUUCGCAUUUCGGUCGCGAACAGAAAACAAUCGCUGAACGAACCGAACAACGGCGACGAUAAUGUUAAUUAACCCUCCGCCAAUAAUAUUGCAAUAGCGUCGCAAUGUCGACCGCGUCUACGAUAUUAUGCGCGCGCGCGUCUCGAGGACGGCCGACGACGCGCGUAUUACGAUCGCCGGGGCGGCCGGUCAUGUUCCGUAAGCGUACCUAAUAUUAUUUUCAGACGUGCGCGGGUUACCUUAAUAUAAAAAAAAAAAAAAAUCGUUGAAAAAUUCCCGAAUAACAGAAUCCUUUAUCCGGAUAACGUGCCCGGGCGGAGGCCGUCGUAUUUGUUCUCCGUUCUUCGGCGUCCUUUUGGCGGCCCCCAUCACGGUCGCUCACACACAAACGACCGACUCGGUGUUCUGCGGCGCGACUAUAUUAUUUUAUUAUAUUAUAAUUGUAAAUUAUAUAUAUAUACAUAUAGGUGCAUGUAUACGACAGGCAGGACAAUGGCACCAAAAAUUCACGGCUAAAAACGAUUAUUAUUAUUUUUUUUUUUUUCAUUCUUCGCAUCGUAAAAAAAAAAAAAUCACGAGCCGUGUAAAAAGAAAUAUAUUAUUUGCCUAUUUUGAAGACGAGCCAAUGGUGGUUUUAUGACGGUAAUGGUGUCCGUAUAAUAUUACUGUAUAUCCACACACGUACGACGCACAGACAGCAUAUAAUACGCACAUUCGCCUUCGGCAACGCCGUAUAACGGAUGUGUACAGAUACGUGGCAUAAAGUUAAAACAUCAUGUUAUUUAUUAUAGUUUUCGUACGCUUUUCAUAUUCCUCCUCUAUCUCCCCGCCCUCCCCCCCCCCCCGCAGAGAUCAUAAAUUACAAUAAUUAAUACACGAAACUAAGUAUACGUGUACGCGCCAUAUAUAUGGGCGUUCCUUAAUUGAGUUUUUUUUUUUUUUUUAGUUCAGAGUUCCCAAGUGAUGAUGAAAGUAGUUCAAAGGAAUUGUGUAAUUUUUCAGAUUUUUAUUUUCACGCUGAAUGGCACCCCACGAGUGUUGAGCCUUCCCGUUGAAAAUGAACAUGCUUUUAAAAUGUUUAAGAAAUUAUAGUUAAUUCCUAUGCUCAGUGUAUCAAAAAAAAACCGUUAACUGGUAAAAUUUGACUACAUCAAAAUCAUUUUUUUCCUCCCUUAAAGAAAGGUAGUAGACAGUCAAUUCUUACCAGUUUUUUCGCAUUUACUAAUAUCACAGGGACAAAAUAAAGUGUAAAAAAUUAUAAAAGCACGUGUAUUUUAAAUGGGAAAAUUUAACUCGCCAUUCAGCGUCAAAAUAAAAAUCUGAAAAUAAUACAGGAUUUUUUUUUGAACGAUUUUAAAUAAGUUUUUUUACCCAAGGGCUUGAUCCAAAAAUAAGAAACGCCCUAAUAUAUGUAGAAAAUCGAUUUAAAAUCGAGUUUUAAACGAUUUUUGUUUUUAUGUAUAAUUAUAAAAAUCGAUUUACGAAAUAUAUAAUAUAUAUAUAUAUAUAUAUAUAUAUACUCGUAAAAUAUACGGUACGUUAUUCGGAAUAGGUAUUUAAUUUUUUUUUUUUUUAACGACCAUGUGUUGUCAUACGAUAUUUUGUUGUAGGAAUGUACAGUUAUACCUGUGAUGAAAAGAACUUCGUUAUUUUCGUCGUAUCUAUAUACCUAUGUAUGUGCGGGUUUUUUGUUUUUAUUUUUUUUGUUUGGGUGUAUCAUCAUGCUAUACCCCCACGCAUGUGUAUAAACUAAAGUUAAAAAAAAAAAAAAAAAAACAAAACAAUUGCAAUACGAUAUGGACAAGAAACACCUACAUUCAUGAUUAUUCAUUAGGACGUACCUUUUGCAUAAUAAUAGCUGUACACCACAUACGUCGUACCUACAGUCGAAACAUAACGUUAUAGCCAAAACCUCGAAGGUCAUUUUUUCGCGGCAGAUUUCAGAUGGAUAUAACGUUGAAGUACCUGUAACACUAGUUGCUCAUAUAAAAUAUUUCCGACGCGUACACGUGUCGGUGGUCCGUGUCCCGUGAAAAAUAUGCGUUCCUCAGUCACGUAUUGAUUGUUUCGUCCCGAUUGGUUUGAUUUUAAAUAAUGAUAAAAUUUAAAUUACACGCACAUGCAUAUUAUUAUUAUUAUUAUUAUGUACCGUCUGCGCGCACCGUUGCCGGAGUAUUUUGUCCUUGAGAGAUUUUAACGACCGACCAUUAUAGGCAGACAUGAACUUUGCCUUGAACUUGGUUAAUGAUUUGAAAUUCAGCGAGUAUUUCGCACGGUUUAUACAUAUAUAGCGUUGUAUUGUGUAUACGUACUAUUAUGAUUGUACACACAUACACACACACACACACAUGCAACCACACAAAAGUAUACAUGUACUGCACACGUACACGUUUCGAUAGAAUAUAGAGAAAAAAAACGAGUUUUGCUAGUCACGCUCUAAGAUUUGUUCACACAAAUACAUCGAUAUUAAUUCUGAAUCGUGAAAAGGCAACGUACACACUGUCGACACCUAUACAUAUAACACAAUAAAAAAAUGUAAUGGUCGCCUUGCCGCAAAGAUCCGAUUUAAUUGGUUAUACCGCCGAAAAUCGUACGCUUUUUGCUUUUUCGAGCGUUGCAGUGAGAAAAAAAAAACAAAAACAACUGUCAGCAUUACGGUGAAUAAUCUUUGAGGUAAUUUUUCGUUAGACAUUGUGUUUUUUUUUUCUGUACAGGUGGGGCCGAGUGCAACGACAUUGAUCGUUACGGUCGGCAGAAACAAAGCAGUUUUUUUUUCUGUUUUCCUUCCGUACCCAAUAGCUUUACAGCGGAACGGCAAAAUGUGCAUAGAUGACCCACAAUACAGUAUUCAUUUGAAAAUUCGUCAAAAUUGAAAUGCCACCGACGGCUUUUGCAUUAAUACGUCUGUGUAAUCAUUUUGACGCUCAAACACACUGUGAACGCAGCCUUAGAGCCAAAGAAUCCGGUUAGAACCGUUCGUCCGGUAGUCGUGACGCAGCCAAACCCGGUCCUGUCUAUAAUAAUACUGUAUAUGUGUUUGUUUUAUAUACAUGUUCUACUUCCACCGUGUAGGCUCACGGAGAACGCUGUGGCGUGUAUCACGAAAGUUCACAAAACUCUAUUUUUGGUAUAUAUAUAUGAAAUAACCUUGCGGUUUAAUACGAAAUAGACUGAUGUGCGGGUUCAUUAAACGCAUUUUUCAAAUAGAAUAAUAAUAAUAUACCUACUGUUAUAUUAUAACUUUUACAGUUUUACUACAGAAAUAGUUUUGGUGACGUACCUACAAAAUUAUAAUACCAAUAAUAGUUCUAUUCUAUUCGGUUUAAAUGGCGAAAAAUAAAAGUGAUGGUUAUAACACGUUUAUUUUCUAUUAUCUGCCGUCGAACAUAAUAUUCUAUAAUAUAAUUAUAUAUUUGGCUAUGCGUGUGUGUAUGAUGAUUUAAACAAUUAACCGUUGGAAGUCAGGGUGUCGGUAUUGUGAACAGUAAUAAAACCUGACCUUGAAACGGUUGCUUCUUAUAUUUAUCCCGUUUUGUGAUGUGUACCGGGUGAUGAAAAAAGACUAUGGUCAAACAUUACAGCGGUAACUCCGACAGUGUAAAUCGUGGUUUUAUGGUAGUAGUCGAUAAAGGGUUACGCCUUUAUAUUUAACACGCAUGUUAUACCUGGGGAAAACAUAACCUUGUUGCGGCGUGUUAUAACGAUUAUCCUUGGAGCGAAGACGAAAUAGCAGUCUGGCAAGUGGGUUAGUAAAGGUCAAUAAAGGGUUGGACCGUCGCGUGUUAUGAAUGUUCGGGUAGUAGGUACAUUAUAAAAUUUGACACGGUAUAUAAUUUAUAUAAUAGAUAGGUACAACUAAAAAUCAAUUGGUUUAAAAUUGGAUUGUACAGUUACUCGAUACAUUGUCUUAUAUAUUGUAUUUUUGUUUUACAGAUAAAAAUGUUUCCAAAAAAGACUCAUUGGACAGUGAAGUAUCUGACCGAAUAAAUGGUUUAGAUCAACAAAUACGAAACAGAUCCGUAUCUCCGAUUCGUUUGAGUAAUAAGACAGCAUCCGUUGAGCAACCCUCACCAACUGUAUGUCCACCGUCACCGGACUGGAAUCCGCCGCCAAAAAGGCGAUUUAUAUCUACUUCGGAUGGUGAUAAUAUACCAUACGGUAGCAAAGACAGUUUACAGAUAACUAGACAAUUGGAGCCACCUAAUGUCAAAGUUGAAGAAGAAGCCGUAACAAGCCCAGAGACUGAACCUAAAUUGCUACCUCCUCCUCCUCCUCCUCCUCCUCCUCCUCCACCAGCGCCCAAAUGUCACCAAGUGUCUGUUAUCCAAAGAACACCUGCUACUAUUAAAUCGCCACCCAUUUGCCCGAAAAAACCGUUGGUCCAAACACCCAACACAGUCCAGGAACCUGAACAAGAUGCACCAAUCGAUUACCAUGUACCCAAAAAUAAGUCCGAUUUGGACCUGGAAAUUGUGCGAGCAAUCAAGAACAAAUUUACAAUUACACUACGUGGACAGUUGGUUUCGGCACCUAAUGGCAUCAUUACUGCUGCUGCCGGACGUGGUAGAAGCAGUGGUGGCCAACAAAAUGGUGGUGGCGGUAGUGGAGGCGGCGGAGGCAGUACUAACUCCAGUAGUAACCGCGGUUCGUCAUUGCACUCGUACACGUUCGGAGGCGGUGGAGGUGGCGGACACACUGGAUUAUUGGGUAAUGGAGGUUUAGGUGGUGGCAUGGCCCCAGGUGGAGGUGGCAUGAACCCCGGCGGCAACGGCAAACAUUUCGGCGGGCCUAACAGUCCCGUGUCGCUGCCGCCCUUCCACGAGAGCCUAAUAAAAUCCGGCGGUAAUUGCUAUUCCACCCAAUACAACAACCAAUAUCAUCAUUUGAUGAUGACCGAACAACUUUGUUUUAACAAUAAUGACACGGGUCAAAAUCCUGCGGCCGGUAGUGGUGGUCCCUUCGCAAUCGGCUUAGAUGGUCCGCCCAAGCAGUAUUCGCUGUUACAAAACGCUUCAUCGCUAGAUAUCGACAUUAAAGAAGACGUCGAUGAUUGCGAAGAUCUGUCGAGCUACGUAAAGGAAUCCAAUGGUUUCGAUACGCUAAUGGCUGACUCUGAAAACGGUACUUCCAGCGAUCCAUUACAAUUCACUGCCACCCUUACGUUCGCUGGACCCACGGACCACGACUUCCUAGAUAGUCUUAACGAUGCCGCAGAACUUUUCUUCAAAGAGGUAAAGUUGUAAAAAAAUAUUUCAUUUUCAUAGUUAUUUAUUUGUUAAUUUAUAUUCUGUGCAACUUAAUGCAUUAAAAAAAAUUGAACUAAUUUAUUAUUUUAUUUCAGCCUCAAGAGUGUAUACCUUCUUCACUCGUGGAACAACCACUACACAUGUUUAACGAACACAGAACUAGUUUUCCUGAGUCACAAUCAGAAAAACGUAAUUAUCUUCAUCAAAAUAACAAUAACAACAACAACAGUAGCAACAACAACAAUAACAAUAGUGGACAACCAGUAGUGUGCCGAAACAAUUACGGUGGUUACGAUUUGUCCAAAGAUCGUUUAUCGCAUGGCAGUUUUGAAGACUCUAACCAACAAUUGCAGCAAUUACAAAUACAAGUGCAAUUACAACAACCGCAAAAUGUAGACGUAAGAAUUAUAUUAUUAUAAUAAAACUAAAUUUUUUUUUUUUUUAAAGGCCCUACAAUUUUACAAUAUGAUCAAUUUGGCUUUACUUGAUUUUAGAAUUGUGGACAGAUGAUGCUAUCUCCGGGUUUAUCAUCACUAGAGAUGGACUCAAAUACUAGCAUGUCAGCUCCGUCACCAACCAGCGUCAGUAUGGACGGUACAAUGUCAUCUCUUACUCCCCCACCACAAAACGGCAAGGACACCAGUAACUCAGCUCUAGAUGUGAGAGUUCUCCAACAUAGGGUGAGAAAGACCACCCCACCCAUAGAGAAACCUAAAUAUACUUCUUUCGCCAGUAAACUGACGGCAAAAGUACAUGUUCUUUUCUCUAUUUUACUUUAAUUACUGACGCCACGUCGUCUAGAACUCAUUAAGUAUGCUAAACUGGAAUUUAUGCUUACAGCUCGGACUUCCUAAUGACUUGCCAUUCGAGUUUGUCAACGGUGGCCACGGCAUCAAGAACCCGCUGGCUAAUCACGAUACACUGCCGCCUCCAACAACGCUUACCCGAGCACCCGAACCUGAGAGGAAACACACCCCGGUAGCGCCCGCGACCAUCGUCUCAGUAAAUACACCUCCUGAGCCAGUCGAAACACAUAAAAGCGGUUCAAAGUUCUGUUGCAACCUUUGUUCUAAAACGUUCAACCUACAACGUUUGUUGAAUAGACACAUGAAAUGUCAUAGUGACGUUAAGCGAUACCUCUGCACGUUCUGCGGCAAGGGAUUCAAUGACACGUUUGACUUGAAGAGACACACUAGGACACAUACAGGUGCGUACAGCAUAUAUCAAUGCAUGUAGAACUAUGAAACUAGAGCACUAGGUCUAAAAGAAGGGAGAGUAAAACCUAGAAAGUUGUUUGAAAAAAAAAAAAAAGGUAUUCUUGUUGGUAAGUGGAAUUUAAUAUAAUAAUUUUUCUUGGGUGCCAUAAGUUGGACACUGUGAAACGAUGUUCAUAGUAUAUCAUGAGGAAGUAGGGACAGAUAAAAUAUAAACUAAUUUGAAAUUAAUAACUCAGUUAAACUGACUGAAAUGCCCCUUAUUUAAAACGCUGACCAACUGACGAUGUGAUAAUAAUGUGUAAUUUUUCAACAGGUGUCCGGCCCUACAAGUGCAAUUUGUGUGAAAAAUCGUUCACCCAACGCUGUUCACUCGAAUCUCACUGUUUGAAAGUACACGGCGUACAUCAUCAAUAUGCGUACAAAGAGAGAAGAACAAAGGUAUGCAAUCGCGUUACUUUUGCUAUAACAUACGUACUUAGUGAUUAUAUUUAUCUGUCAGCAAUGCAUUAACCGUAUCUAAUAUCAUAUUAAAAUGUCCGUUACAGAUGUACGUUUGUGAAGAAUGCGGGCACACGACCAAUGAACCAGAAGUUCAUUACAUUCACCUAAAAGAAAAACACCCGUACAGCCCGGCGCUGCUCAAAUUCUACGAUAAGAGACACUUCAAGUUUACAAAUUCAAAUUUUGCAAACAUGUUACUCCAAGUACGCACCUAAUAAUAUUGGGUUGUUUGCAAUCAUAUUGCUAGACUGACCAAAAUGUUAAUUUGUUUAACAAAUAUUUUUAAUUACACUAUGCGUAGAAUUUAGUUUUAUAAUAUUGUCGUUUAUUUUUAAAUAACAUAAAUAAAUACUUGCCGCCUGGUAAGUUGUAACGGUUAUACGACAAAAUAUCUUCGGUCAAAAUAUCUCUAAUUAAAUCAUAAUAGGUAAACACAGAAUAUUUUCAGUACCAUAAAAGCUCUAAGCUCAAAUAAUAUCCAAAAAAAAAAAAAAAGGAAAUUUGAUAAAUCCAUCAAACUAUUGAUCAUUAGAAAUUGGCUAUUUAUAAUGAAGUAUCACCUAUAUUCUCAGAGUAUUGUGAUUUUUAACGGAAUGCUAUAUUUAUAUAAUAUUGAUUUUAAAAUGGUGUUUUUUUUUUUUUUUUGUUUUUUAUUAUAUGUUAAGUACUUACUACUUAUUUGCGCACACGUUCCCCGAAGGUAUUUCUUAGCGUUUUUCUAGCCGAACCGGUCAACAAUGUUAUAAUAUUAAAAUUAAUUGAGAAAUAUUGCACAAUAUAGGGUUUUUUUUUAUAUAUAUAAAAUUGGUAAAUUUAGGAAUAUAAUAAUAUCUAUGAAAUUAUAUAGUACCUAGCGCUUUGAUCACACUAAUCAUAACUACGCACAUGUUUUAUCAUGUUAAGGUUAAUUACCUUAAAUUGAUUUUGAUAAGAUUUUCACGGUUAAUACUGUACACAUAAUUUUCAAAUACAAUAAUUUUAUAAUGGUUAUUUACAAAAGAAGACAUUUUUUACGUUCAUUUAUGUAUUAAAUAUUAAUUUUAAGAAAUACAAAUAUUUUGAAUUUAUACUAUCAUUAUACGAGCUUAUUAUUCUGACGCUUUGUACCGUUUGUUAAAAUAUAAUUUUCUGACGAAAUAUUGUUUAAAAAAAUUAUAUUGUACACAAUUUUUCUAUUUUAAGAGCGAGCUAUGUUUUGUAAUCUAGUAUAUCGAACGUGUAGUUAAAUCAGACCUGUUCAUCAAAAUAGGAAUGUACCCAAUUCGUUCAAAAAGUUUCUUUUUUCUUUUCACCCAAUGAGUUUUUAAUCAUAUUAAUAAACAGUUAACGUCCAAAUUCCUAAACCUUUUAGAUAUAUACUACGGAUUACUAAGAAAACUUCCAAUAUAUCAAACAUUUGUUAAGAAAUAUUAUAAUUCUGAUUAAUUUAAUUUGAUUUACUCUAUAUUAUAUAUAUAUAUAUAUCAACUUGCUGUUAAGUGGUAAAAAAAAUGUUGAAUGUUAAAAUGUUGGUUUAUAUAGUUAUUGAGUUCGAGAUGUACGUUGUUUUCCACGAACUGUUAAAUAUGAUCUAAAAUUCGUCGGGUGAAAAGGAAACAGGAUUUUGCUUAAUUUUAACAAAAGUCAAAUGGAAAUGGAAAAUCAAAUUUUUUUACAAAACAAUGUUACUCGUUGAGUGAUAAAAUUUCAUUCUCGUUCAAACCUGCGUGUCCUUUUUUCUCGAUUGGAUGAUGGUUUUUCAUAUAAUUGUCGAUUUCGUUGUCUAACAAUAUUUAUUACAUUUUUCUCUACUAAAUGGUUAUUUGAAAACGUGUUACAUUAAUUGCAUAAAUUGGGUGUGGUUAAUAAAUUCGACCAGUGAUUACAUUCCAAAAAAUUAUAACUAUCCGCAGUGAUUACUGCGGCGGAGACGAUCGAUUUCUGCUCAUAUUACAAAGACAUUAUGCGUAGACAUUUCAUGUGAGAGAUAUUUUGACGGAGAUAUUUUUUCGGAUACACUUUGACUAUUCACCGUUUUGGCGCGGAGAAAUCAUGUCGAUGUUUUGGGUUUCAGGAACAUGAGGGACUUACGUCCGGUUCUUUAAAACAUUUAUCGGAAGUAUGUUGAAACUUAACCCCGUGUGUGUGUGUAUUAUUCGACAGCGGAUAGACGUUCAGUCAUUGAAUUGAUUUUAUGUAUAGAAGCGAUGGUGUUAUAUUAUUUUUAUUGUUAGGGUGUUUUUGUAAAUAAUCAUAACUAUUUAUUUAUUUAUUUUUUUUUUUUUUUUUACGUCAUUUUAAUUUUCAUUUAAAAUAUAAUUUAAAUUGCAAACGCACGCGCGCCCGCAUAUUCACAAUAAUAUUUCUGACGUGCGUGUGUGUGCGUGUGUGGGUAGUAGGUGUGCGUAUUUAUGAAUUAUGCUUAUUUUAAAUUAUUUGUAUAUAUCUAUAUAUACAUAAUUAUAUACGAACGGUUGUAAUAAUAUAUGCAAUAUAUUAUCAUUAUCAUUUUUUUUUUUUUUUUUUUUUUUUUUUUUUAUUGUUUGUAAACGGUAAUUAUUACAUUAUAACAAAUAGGUAUUAUUGUGUUAUUGUUAUAGAUUUACUAAAUUAUAACGGGCGAUUCAGGCAAUUUGUUAUUAUUAAAUUAUUAUAAUAUUUUCAACGGCGUAAACACAAAUUACCUGCAGUGGACUGUCGAUAAUUCGAACGUGCCGUUAUGUACGAUCGGAAAAUCGUAGGUAUGUGAUUCUGUAUCGAUACCUACUUUCGAGGUAUCGAUAGUCCGCGGCGUGUAUAAUAAAUGAUAACGAACAAAUUUGUAUAUAGAGAAACGACGAUGAAUGACAAAACAAAGUAUAUAUCUCAAUAAAUAAAUAAAACAAAAAAAAAUAAAAAAAAUGAACGUAAUAUUAUUCACAGUGUUUUUUUACGAAUUUCAUUCUAAAUCAAACGAAGCAAUCACUAUAUUUCGUAGGCAUUAAACAAAAUAUUUACCGUCAUACCAUAGUCUUAAACGUUGUCUUGUGAUCAGUGCCGUUAAGAAAAUAAACUAGGUAUACGGGCAUCUGAUAUAAAUAAUAAACGAGACCCCCGGCUUUUUCGUGAGAUUAGAGUUUAAGGAGGCUAAAAGUUGAGGCGAUUUUAAGGAUCCUAGUUGCGGCACUGUUUGUGGUACAUGGGCUUUUAUUAGAAAAACAAAAGUGUAAACAAUAUUAGUUAGGCAUACAUUUUAUAUAUAUAUAUAUUUUAUUUUAUCGAUGAUGAAUGUAGUAGUAAAUAAUAUUUAAAAGACCGCUUUCGGGUCGAUUAGUGAUAUCCUAAUAUGUUUCUAACCUUAAUGGGUGGGAAUAAUGAAUCAUUUUUAUUUUAUAUAUAAUAUUAUGUGGAAAAUCUAUAGAGUAAAAAAAAAAUUAAAAAAAAAAUUGGGAUAGGAAUUCGAAUUUUUUUUUUUUCUAGAGUACAUUAUUAUAUUAUAAUGUGUAUAUAAAACCUGUGAUACAUUUCAUUAAUUCUUAAACACGUCCUAACUUUACUUGUAUUAUUAUUAUUAUUAUUUUCGUAACAUUAAGUAUAAGUACCUAAACAAUAUUAUUUAGUUUGUAGGUGAUUUUUACAUUUUUACGUUGUACUAUUUAAGUUAAUUUAAUUCAAUCGUAUAAUAAAGGAUAGGUACAUAUAUAAAUUAUUAUCGGGUUUUUUUUUUUUUUUUUUACUCAUUUUAAAUAGUGGUCGAAUUAUACGGUUCAACGCGGAUAUAUUUUCUCUAUAUCGACAACGGAAUAUUUUAUAAAAAAAAAAAUAUAUAUAUAUAUAGACACACACCACACGAUUUAUCCUCAACCUACACAUUUUAUUUUAUCAUUUUAAAAUACCGAACUUGUUUCCUAUUAUAACAUUAUAAUAUUAUACGGUUCACGAUAUUUCGUCUAAUAGGUCUAAUAUUAUUAACACACGUUGAAAAACAAUGACAAAAUUCACCUUAAAUUAUUGCAUUGGACUUUUUUCAUUUAACAGUUUAAUACUGUAGUUUAUGGUGGUUUUGAAUUUUAAUUUUGUAUUGAUUUACUUUUUUAUUUUUUUUUUAUAUAUACAUACAUACAUUUCUAUACGUUUAUGUAUAGCGUUGCACAAUAUAACGUUUAAGUAUAAUAAUAUAUUAUGUAAGUGAUAUAAUAAGGACAUAUUGUUAUAUUCCAAAAAUGACUACUUAUAAUUAAAUCGCAAUACAAAAAUUAUAAACUGUGUAGUUGAGAGAUAAACGUAAAGUAAUAGGGCCGGUUUAAUUUACAUAUUUUAUUUAUUUUAUAAUUUUUUAUAUUCAUUAAAAAUAGUAUUAAUAAUAAUAAAAUACAGUUUUAAUUAUUAAAUUAUCUUUAUUAUUAUUUUUAGCGUUAUUAUUAUUAUUAUUAUUAUCAUUAUCAUUAUCAUUACUUUUACUCUUAAUACUAAUAUUAUUUUAGUUAAUACAUUCUAUAUUAUUAUUUAAGCCUAUAUAUUUUUAAGUUCUGUUGAAAUUCUGUACGACUAAUGUUUGUUGAUUUUUUUUUUUUUCUUUCAUUCAGUUAUUUUAAAUUUCAAUAGUACUUAAAUUUCAAUGCUAUUUACAAAUAUUGGAAAACACUAUUAUAAUUGGCUGAUGAGAUGUUUACUUUAAAAUAUUGUGUUUUUUUUUUUUUUUUUCAUCCCUUAUACUUAAAUGUAUUAUCCAUAGACACACGCGAUAAAUCGUGCGUCUAUGAUAUUAUCACACUCCUAUUAUUAACGCGGCAGAAUCGGCUUUAUCGCAUCGGUUAUACUCUUGUGUAUUAUAAUAAUACAUACCCGGCAAUAUUAUCGUUAUAUAAAAAUAAACCUAUGCAUAGGUGUAACGGUGUGAAUGGUGUAUGACACGUACGUGCGCAUAAUGAUGUAUAAUUAUUUCUAUAAGGUUAAAAAAUAUUGUCUAUCGCAAUUAAACUAUAUUGUUGUAAAAUAUUUAACGGACGGUUUGACGACUUACCGCUGUCAUUUUACGUCUACUUUAUGAAGUCAGGGGUAAGUCAUACAACGAGUAUAGUAAUAUAAUAUAGAAAAAGUAAUCGAUUCUUUGAACGUUUUACAAUAAAUCUAAGAGGUGAAGUAAUUAUUUUGAUAAAUGGAAUCUAAUAAAAAUACACCAUAUACCCUGUUGGCCUGACCUCCGCCCUGCUUUGAAUACUAAAAUGCCGCUUACAUGCAUAGUGUAUUAUGAUUAUUGUGUUUGUUGAAUAAUGAUGAUUAACGACAUUUUUUUAAUUUUCAGGAAUAGAUUUGAUGAUAACGCGUCGUAAACGGCACAGCGGCGUCCUGUGAUGGCUUCUGACGGCGUUCGCAGCUAGGCUAGGAGCCGAACACAAUAAUUAUUAACAUAAUACGAAAGUAUAAUGUUUUUUUAGAAGUUAUUAUUACUAUAUAUUGGAUAAAAUAUGAACAAAAUAAAAAAAAAAAAAACUAGAUUGUUCAAUAGGAAUUAGAAACCGAUUGAUUUAAUAUGUUAAAAAAUGUGUAGUUGUAUCGAAAAUCGUGUGAACAGAAUGAUCUUGUUGAUUCGAUAACAUUGUAUGGUGCCCGAAAUAAAAACGAGUGUACCGAGUGUGUAUUAAGGGGGAAACAAAACCGUACGGUGAGGCCCCUGGAGUAAUGUUUAACAGUGAAACGCCGCCUUUCAACGAUGUUACACCUUACACGCUAAUUAAAUUACAUUGAACGAUAAUAAAAACAAUGAUCUAUGAAGACUGUAUUUAUAUUUUAUACGAUAAUAAUGUAUCGCAUUGUGUACAGUUAUGAAUUAUGUAUAAUUAUUAAAUUAAUAAUGUAAAUAGAUUAUAUUGAAAAAAAAAAAAAAAAAAAACAAAUUAUUGUUGUAAAAUUAUGUAGGUAUAAUGUUCGGUUUGUUGAUUACAUAUAGUAACGAUAAAAUGCAUUUUUUUAAACGUGCUCAACUACCCAACAAUAUAAAUUAUAAUAGUUUGUUAUGCUUAUGCUAAGUUUUAUCUAAUUAUAAAUUCCAUUCGUUGUAUUGUACCCUAUUUAGUUAGUUGAAACUCAACAUUCACUUGUUCGUUUCCGAGCGUUUUUGAUGAUCCGUAAAAUUACACUGAAAAUAUUGAAUCGUGUAAAUCACCUAUUGUACAUAAAAUAUUGAGCGUUAUGCGUGAUUAAAUGAUGUAAAUUAUUCGCAUAUUGGUUAUUUUACAUAAGUUACAUACUUUAUAGAACAUAAUACAGUAAUGUUUACUAGAAGUUAGGUUACGUAGGUACUGUACAUACUCGCAUAGGUAUUAUAAAUUGGUUUAUAUAUAUAUUUGUUUUACAUUAUUGUUUUUAUUUUUUUUUUUUUUUCACUUUUUUAAUAUGUAUUUAUUAUAUUAUGUUCGUAUUCUUCUUUUGUAUUAAAGUACUUUUAAUUAGUAGUUUCUAAUCAAGAGGACAUCGCACACCCAGUAUUUAAAGAGUUGCUUAAAAUUGCCUGUAUAUGUGUGCAUAAGAAGUGUUAAUGAAACGUUUUAUAAAAUACAAAUCAAUCAAAUUUGCUCAAAAAUAAAUUCACAAAACGUAGGUAUAGUUCUGUAGGUACCUAUUCUGUGUCAUGAACAUCGCAUGUAUUUAUUAUGGCGUCGUUUUAAAUAAAAUAAAAUGUUAAUAAGGGAAUGAAAACCCCCUAACCUCCAGUAUAGUGUUUGAAACGCUGAGAUUUAUAUUGUAAUACAGGGCAAACAAUAACCUCUGUUUUCUCAGAAUGUUAUACGUCCAAUAUCUUAUUCGGGCGAUUUUAUAUAAUACUUUUUUUUUUGAACUAGGUAACAUAAAACACCAAAAAUUAAAAGCGUUUGACUUAUUAGUUAUUACUAAUUGCUAAUUUUUUUUUUUUUUUUUUGUCGAACUCUGAGACUAUGAACGAUUUUUCAUUUUUAUUUGUAUCAAAAUUAUGUAUUCCGAAAGUUAAUAUAUCCCAAGUGGUUCUAGUAUUCUAUUAAAGACUGUUUUGACAGUCGAAAUACGGGCGUGAGACGUUCUCUUAAAUAUUCAAUUGAUAAAAAAUAAAAUGUAUGGUUUCAAUUACUUAUGUAUAGUAGGUACUAGACAGUAGUGUUUUUUUUUUUUAA